CAUUUUCAACCAAAAAAGAACAGAAUACAGUUCUUUAGUUCGUGAUCUGUGAAUUAGCAGCAAAAUCUUCGAUCUGGGAGUAUGCGCGAGUGACAGCUGAAUCUCCCCUGAACCACUUCACAAAUCACAAGCAAUUACAACAACUCGAUGCAAAACUCGAAUGAGCGAAAACCCUAAAAAAAAAAUCAAAAGCAGAAUGCGAAACUAGAAAAUUUGGUAAAGUUGGAAAAGAAUGGCGAAGCAUUCAGUGGCAACGGCGAAGAAAAAAUGGCCGCUAAUGUUACUAGCCUUCUUGUCUAUUUCAACAGUGAUGGUGAUUUUCAUUAGAAACAAUUCUGAUUCAUGCAACACCAAGAUCUUUGAAGCACAACAGACUCAGAUUCACUCCUCCGCCGCCGCCGGCGGAGGAAACGGUGGAAAUGCUGCUUCCGGUCCGAGUCCGUUGGAUUUCAUGAAGUCUAAGCUUGUUCUCAUGGUUUCGCAUGAGUUGUCUCUUUCUGGUGGACCUUUACUUUUGAUGGAAUUGGCGUUUCUUUUGAGAGGUGUUGGUUCUGAGGUUGUUUGGGUUACGAAUCAGUAUCCUGCUGAACACGAUCAGGUUAUUUAUAGUUUGGAAAGUAAAAUGUUGGAUAGAGGAGUUCAGGUCAUGCCCGCCAAAGGUGAAAAGGCUGUAGAUACAGCUCUUAAAGCUGAUCUGGUCAUUCUAAAUACUGCUGUAGCUGGAAAGUGGCUGGAUGCCGUCUUGAAGGAGAAAGUUACCCUCGUUCUUCCUAAGGUUUUAUGGUGGAUUCAUGAAAUGCGAGGCCAUUAUUUCAAAGUGGAAUAUGUUAAGCACCUCCCUUUUGUUGCAGGUGCCAUGAUUGAUUCACAUACAACUGCCGAGUACUGGACGAAUAGGACUAGGGAGCGUUUAGGAAUUAAAAUGCCUGAAACUUAUGUUGUACAUCUUGGAAAUAGCAAGGAGCUUAUGGAAGUUGCAGAAGAUAGUGUAGCAAAGAGAGUUCUUCGUGAGCAUGUUAGGGAGUCUCUUGGAGUAAGAAAUGAUGAUCUACUUUUUGCCAUCAUAAAUAGUGUUUCACGUGGUAAAGGACAAGAUCUAUUUCUUCGUGCCUUUCAUGAAAGUUUGCAGCUCAUUCAGGAGAAGAAACUCCAGUUGCCAGCUUUGCAUGCUAUAGUAGUAGGGAGUGAUAUGAAUGCUCAGACAAAGUUUGAAAUGGAACUGCGCAAAUUUGUUACAGAGAAAAAGAUUCAGGACCGCGUUCACUUUGUUAACAAAACUCUGGCAGUGGCUCCUUACUUGGCUUCUAUUGAUGUUCUUGUUCAGAAUUCUCAGGCACGGGGAGAAUGUUUUGGAAGGAUAACCAUCGAAGCAAUGGCAUUUCGCCUGCCUGUACUGGGCACCGCAGCCGGAGGCACUGUGGAGAUCGUGGUAAAUGGGACGACCGGUUUGCUUCAUCCCGCUAACAAGGUAGGUGUAACACCUCUGGCGCAUAACAUUGUAAAAUUGGCAACUCAUGUCGAGAAGAGGCUGACGAUGGGAAAGAAAGGAUACGAGAGAGUGAAAGAGAGGUUUCUGGAGCACCAUAUGUCACAGAGAAUUGCAGUGGUUCUCAAAGAAGUUUUACAGAAGGCAAAGCACAGUUAAAUCUAGCUUAGGUACUUUACUAUUAAAUUGUAAAUUGAUUCCAAAGAAAAUGGGAGAAUGGUUCGGUUAUGAAUGAAUUGUAUAUCCCACUUCCUUUGUUCUGUAUGGUAAUGGGUAAUGGGUAGAUGUAUAGGAUUCUGAUAUAUUACUUUCCUCGGAAAAACUUAAGUUACACUCUCUUAUGAGUAAAAAUCCACACUCCCUUUUCAAAAAA